AUGAUCCGUGAUUUCUUCUGCUUGUUGCUGUCGGCCGUGGCUACCGCUUCGUUCGCUUCCCUUCUUCUUGGGCUACUCAUGAUUGGAGUUGUCAUUAUGGCCAGGAAGUUCAAGAUGAAUCCUGACAAUAUUACCACGCCAGUUGCAGCAUCACUCGGCGAUGUGUCAACGUUAUUCAUCUUGGUGAUUUCAUUGGUUUUUAUUUGA